GACGCAUGCAUCUGACUCACUCACUUAUUCUACUCAAUGAGAUAAAUCGUGGAGAUUAGAAUUUAUUAACGGACGCAGUCGAGUUUAGUCGUAGCAACCACAAACUGAGCGAUGUCCCGUUUUACGAUUCUCUUUGUCAUCGCUUUGGCGUAUGAAGCACUUGGAGAUGGUGCAGCGAAAGACACCCCAGCUACGGAUUCGCGUCCCGAGGCGUCCGGCAUCGUAGGUGUCGGCUACGGCGGGUACGGCGCCGGGCUCGGAGGCGGCGUCAUCGGAGGACCGGGCGUCAUCGGAGGACCAGGCGUCAUUGCCGGCCCCGCCAUCGUCGCCGGCCCCGGCGUCGUCGGCAGCGGUGCGGCUCUCAACAAUGCGGCCGCAGUCGGAGCCGCCCAACUCAGCGCUAUCCAGAACGCCCAAGCCGUUCAGGCCGCCAACAUCGCCAACGCUGCCGCCGCCGCCAUCCAGGGCGCCCGUGUCACUGAAGCCGCCGCCCGCGCAGGACAAGCCAACGCUAUCCAGAACGCUCAGGCCUUAGACGCCGCCCGCAUUGCCAACGUGCAACGUGCUCAGGUUGCCGCCGUGGAGAACGCGAGAGCCGCGGAGGCCGCGAGACGUGCGGCGGCUGGCAGCGCGCUGGAGGUCGCCCGCGCUGUGGAGGCUGAGCGUGUCGCCAACGCUGCCCGCGUGCAAGCUAUUGCCAUCGCCAACGCCCGCGCGGUUGAGGCCGCCCGCAUCGCCAACGCGGCUAGAGCGCAAGCCGCUGCAGUCGCCACCAGCGCCGCUCAGGCUCAGGCCGUCGCCGACGCAGUCGCCAGAAACGCUCAGGAGGGAGCUCUCCUGCUCGGAGGAGGCGGUUUAGUCAGCGGUGGCGUCGUCGCCGCCGGCCCGGCUGUGGUUGCUGCGGGACCAGGAGUUAUCGGAGGACUCGGCGGUUGGGGCGGUGCCGGCUGGGGCGGCUAUGGUCUCGGAGGCGGUAAACUCAUCCACCACUAAACCUAGUACCCAGAUUCAAAUUCAAUCUCAACCAGAUUUCAACCAUCCCACCCAUUUCGCACCUUUUCAUAGAAAUGGUUAGCGGCAGAUAUUUUUCAACUGGUUAUGUAAAUAUGUCUGUGAAAAAAACUUUUGUUGUAUGAUUAGUACUUGUAAUAAACAUUUGCAUGAUUCUAGAGAUA